CUUUGGAAAAUGGCCUCUCCGUUCGCUGGCCCCACAGCGGUUGCUGAUGUAAUUAAAGAUCUAGACACUCAGAUAGCUUUGAUUGGUUUGGGUCCCCACAACCCCAAGAAGAAGCAGGACCUAGAUAAGCUUUAUGAUCUAAAAGCUAAAGCCCAACAGAUUAUGAACCAGUUUGGCCCUUCUACCUUGAUCAACCUCUCCAACUUCUCCUCGAUAAAGCCGGAACCAGCCAGCACUCCCCCGCAGAGCUCCAUGGCCAACAGCACCACCGUGGCCAAGAUGCCCGGGACGCCCAGCGGAGGAGGCCGGCUCAGUCCUGAAAGCAGCCAGGUUUUGACCAAGAAGAAAUUGCAGGACCUGGUGCGUGAGGUGGAUCCGAACGAGCAGCUGGAUGAAGAUGUGGAGGAA